CGAAAACCAACCACAGGUGACUAACGGCUCAUCAGCGACCGCUUCGCUGCUGCUCGCUCCCGGGGCACGCUAUCAAAAGCCACCUGUGCGAUAUUUCUAACAAAAGCUCGGAAUCAUCGGCUGGUGAUACCCAAGAAUGGUGCCGCUAGUACGACGGGAAUGAUGUAAUAAUAUUUUCAACUACAGAAGUGGGCACGAUCCUGUAAGGUCUCGAAAAUGUCUAAUAAAACCUUCACUGUGCCUCUGGACCAAACCGCCAGCACAUGUUGUGUGUCCAACGUAGCCCUACAAAUAUCUCCUGAGAACACUUAUGACAACUUCCUGAUGUCUCCGUCCCCUGACUCUGACAUUGGUGGAGCUUAUGGAAGUGACAGAGAGGCCAACAAGUCACCUGUAUUAACCCUGCUCCAGUGCUCCCUCGGUGAAACUCCCCUCGUGGACAACCUUUAUACUGACACCCCACCACAGGAAGCUAUGUUAUGUGGUGCAAAUAUGAACCUCAACCAAACCUUCAUUGCCACACCGAUGAAAGGCAGCGUAAACCUCUGGACUAAAAACCUGUUGAUCAACCAGGACACCAGUCAAGAGUCCCACACAUCCAGUGAGAACAUGGAGGAUGGAAAGAGAGACCUCAUCACCUCCCUGGGAUCUGCAAGCUCAUGUUCAGUUUUUGAGCGAGGAUCCAUGAACAAUGACCAUUGCUCUUAUAGUUCUGGGGAAAUGGUGAUGAGGAGCAACAGUUUUUGUCUUCAAGACCAGUCUUUAUUAUCAGUCACCUCCCUGGAGGACUCAUCUUCAUUGUCAGACAACAACUACCCAGCUUUGCUUCCUGACUGUAAGGUUCUCUCAUCUCCAUUGCCAGAUGUCUGUGAGGGUUUGACGGAGAAAGUCACAGAGGAAAACGUAACAAACGAUGGACAUGUGGCUCUGGGCAUGACUUUUAUCCAGGCAGAUAUAGGUGAGCUCCCCAUAGAGGAAAAGUACUCUGUAGAAUGUAUCCCUCUGGUAGCUCUGCCCAGUGAGACUGAAGACGGUCUUUUAAAGACCUUUGUUUAUGAAAAUUCUUCUGCAGACAGUGGAAAAGAGGAGCAUUCUGGUGUUGCUGAAACAGAUCUUUUAUUUCAUCUCCCCGGAGCCAUUACACCAGAACAAGGAAAGACCAUUGUGUCCACUCUGUCAGCGCUGCACGACACAGACAAGGACAUUCAUACUUCUACUCCAAUACAGACCUUUGAGAACCAGACCCCCGUUCCUCCCUCAUUUUCAGAAUCACCCUUCACUGAAAAUGGAGGCAGUCCAGCACUACAACCUGGUAAACAGCAGCACGUCCUUCUCACCCCAAAACAACAGUUGUCUGUGGAAGCGGGGCGUCCAACUUGCAAAUCCAAAACAACAGAAAUAAAGUCUACCAAGUCAAACUUCAGUCACAUUAAAUCCAAGUUCAUGCCGAGAGGCUUUCCUCAAAUCUCCAUUCCAGGCCUUGGUUCAAAACGAAAAUUGUCACAAAAUAAUAUGACCAAAAAACCUUCUGAUGGGUUUAGAACAACAACUAUCCGAAUAAGUCCUGUUAAAGGAAAGAGAAGCUCUGAAGUUGUCGCAACUGAUGAUGUGAAACAAUCAAAUACAGACUCACAUGGACAAGCUGCUUCAGAUGGACCGAGCAAAGACAAAGUCAGUGCACAGGAAAACCACAAAACCAGAAAGGACCAUCCAGCAACUCUCCAAAAUAACAGCAACACUGAAGAAAAACAAGAAACUUUAAACCAAGAACCAAAUGUCACAGUAAAGUUUUCUGGCAACCAGACCUUCUGUAUCUCCCCGGUGGAAGGUUCUCCUGACAGCACUGAGCCCAGGUCAGAUUUGAACAAGGACACGUUAAAUAAAACGCAGGCCAGACCUGGAGAAGGUGCAGAUCAGCGAAAGCCGGUAGAUCAUAAAACACGGCUUAGUUGGUCGUCAGAGAGUUCAACGAAGCCCCAGAAAGAGAAGGGAAAAUUGCUACGCAGUUCAAACAGCUUCAGCAAUCCCAAACCCAAGAGCCAAUCGGGGCUCAUCUUACCAGGAAACCUGGUUUGCUCCUCCCAGAAUAAACAGAGGACACCAGCUGAGAACAUGAAGAAAUCAGCAGAAAAGUCAGCAAGGGGGAUCAGGAAGAUCAGCCUUGUGGCAGAAUCCAGUUCACCAACAACAGAUGAAAGCCAGAGAAAAUCCCAGGUUCAACCAUCUCCAAGGCCAUCAAAAGUACCACCUCCAGCUGUCACCCUCAGAGCAGCAGCAGCGCUGUCCAACAGACCGAGGCCAGCAGUCGGAGGCAGGGAUGAACCCAGGGUCCCUGCUAGGACACCGCAGUUCAAAGAGAAGGGCAUUACAGGCAGUCAGAGAGGAAACACGGCUGCUGGAACGGCCUCAGCCAUAAUGAAGUCCAGGCCGCAUGGUUCGCAGACUUCUCAGGUUUUUACCCGACCAUCUAUGAUGCGUCCUCCUGCAACACCACUGCCUAGAUCACCCAAGACCCCUGGACCAGCUAAGAAACUCACUGAGGCCGGUCAGCCGGGUCGAGAUACUAAAGCAGGUGGGGCCUCUGCGUCCAAACAAACACCACUAAAGUCUAUGUUCCUCAAAGCACGGCUGAUCCCAACACCUGGGAAAAACACUGGCCAAUCACUGACCACGGCGUGUAAACCUGCCCCCCCACCCUCCAAAGGAGCCUCUCACCCUGCUGUCACCCCUGUGGGACGGUCUGCUUCACUAAGACACGGUCGUCUCAGUUCAGCUGGACUUGUGGACAAGAACACACCCAAGGGUGGGACUCAACAGCAGCAGCAGCCGACCCAACCACACCGGACCCAUGGUCCUCCAACUGUGGUUCCACCGACUGUCGCCAAGAGAGAAGACACAGACCAGAGUGACACCAUCCCAGUGGAUCAGAGGCUGAGCCGCCUCCACACUCUAGUCCUGCCCCUGGCAGCACUUUUUAGGUGGAUUACGAGAGAUGAAUCCCGGCGGCAGUGCAGAGAGCUGUCUCAGGAACUUGUCAAACUGCAAGGAGACCUGGUUUGCUCCAUCAAUUCGUCAGAGCGUCUGGAGAAGGAGAAGGAGGAGCUGCGUGCUACUCUGGAGGAUGCUCUGCUCAAACUGCAGGAGCAGCAUCAGAACGAUGUGUCUGAGCUGGAGCAGAGGCUGCAGGCCUUCUACCAGGCUCACUGUGACAAGGUCCACCUCACCUAUCAGGAGGAGGCCGACAGGUGCAAGUCAUUCAUGCAGCAGCAGGUGGGAGAGCUGAAGUCCAGUCAUGAAGCUGCGAAACUGGAGCUCCAGAGCAAACAUGUAGAAGAGCUGCAGUCUGUCAAACAGCAGUAUGAAACCUCACUGGAAGAACACCGGAAAGUUCUCCAGCAGGAGCUGGAGUCUCUGAAGGACACAGAAACCUCACUGAUGGAACAGAUCCAGGAGCUGACGGCCCAGAACGGUUCCCUCACGGAGAAGCUAAGAGCAGAGGAGAACAGGAGGAAAAAACUUGCUGAAAGUUGUCAGAAGGACACUCACACCCUCUACCUGGAGCAGGAGCUGGAGAGUCUCAAGGUGGUGCUGGAUAUCAAAAACAAACAGCUCCACCAGCAGGAGAAGAAGCUGAUGGAGGUGGACAAACUGAUGGAAAAAAGUGUGAAGUUGGAUGAGAACCUGACGAAGGUCCAACAGGAAAACGAGGACCUGAAGGCUCGGAUGGAAAGACACGCUGCCUUGUCAAGACAGUUGUCCACGGAGCAGGCUGUGCUGCAGGAGACCCUGCAGAAGGAGUCAAAGGUCAACAAGCGUUUGUCCAUGGAGAACGAGGAGCUGCUCUGGAAGCUUCACAACGGAGACCUGGGUAGUCCCCGCAAAGUGUCGCCCACCUCCACCACCCCCACCCACUCCUUCAGCCUCCAGUCACCCCGUAGCACCCCCCUGAUCUCCAACCCACCCCUCUCCCCCAGAUAACAAUGGGCCCUGCUUCCAGGAAGCAGAGCCAAACGUCGAGUUAUUCCGCCGUGAAGGCGGAGCCGUGUUUGUUUACUGUCGUCUUAGCAACGCAGCAGCUGGACCUCGGCUCUGUCGGGAUCGGAGGAACUCUUCAUUUCUUCAAUGACACGAGAAAGUUAAAAAAAAUAAAUACUUUUUUUUUUUAAUGCACAAAUGCACUUAAAGCGAGGCCACCGCGUUGUUUGCCUUUUUACAUCUGCACCUGUUGAAUAUGGGAAAGUUAAACUCAGGACUUUGACACGGCGUCACCAUAUAUUUGUUUUUUGGCGAAGGCUUCUCUUUCCCGCCUGUUGAUGUAUUACACGUGCACAGGUGCAUGCAGAUGUGACGUAUCUACCUGCGCUGAGUCAGACCUGCAGAAUUCAGUCUGUCUCCUGAAUUCAGGGUCAUAGAAAAAAAAAAAAUCUGAAGUCUGAAUCCAGAUCAGCUUUGCUGGAUAAAGACCGCGUUCCACCUCAGGGUGGAGUUUGGUUUAAAUAUGUGAGGAAUUGCUUGCUUGUGUGGGAUUCCUGCACCAUUUCCACUGCUAACUGAUGUCCUGUCACUAACGCCUCGCUGCUCGUCGUCACAUGCACCAGCGCUGCCCACAGUGUUUCCGGGGUGUGUCCAGUUUGAAGGUUUACAUAUUUUCACUACUGAGGAUUUCUCUGAACCAACGGCUUGAAUAGAAUCUUUGUUGGGUUUGUUUGUUUGACUGCUUUCUUGAGGGACCAAUCCCACAAUCGGUGUGCAUGUGUUUAGGUCAUUAGGUGAGCCCUCCCCAGACCUGAGCCCCCCCCCGACCCCCUCCUCUGUUUCAGCUUUAACCUCGGAGUCUCAGCAGAGAGUGGAUCAGAUGGAGCCCUGCUUUUUACAUGUUGAAUACACUGUAUCUUUAAAACGUCCUGAGUGCAGAAAUGGUACCGUCUCUCCUGGACCCUGUUUGAAAUAUGCAAUUAAUAAAGUCUUGUAUUAAACUUUAGACUAAUUUAGUUUUUUCCUGAAACAGAAAAACGUUGGUCAUGUGUGCUCUCAGCACUAGAGACUGGAGAAAAGUUUGAACCAAAAUCACUCCAACAUUUUUCACCAUUG